ACCAUACCAAAAUUCAAUAAAAAAACUUCGCUAUUGAAAAAGUUAGUCAUUUUUGUGCUGGGUCAGAAAAUUACCGGUCUGUUAAUUGGUCCAAAGUUUGAAUAGUAAUAUCUUUCAAAUGUUACCUUUUAAAGACAUGGUUCUUACAUUUUUUUGAUCCACUCGAUCUCCUCUUUCUGACCAUAUAUAACAUGACAUAUAAAUUAUUUUUUUGCUGACAGUGAAAGUGAUGAUGUCAUCAAAUUUGGUCCCAUGGGACCAAAAUAUUUGCCACCCAUUUUUUUGGUAAUUUGCUAAGGAACAACUUUAAAUCAAAAAUUACUUUUAACACACAUGUGCACAUGAAAAUACCCUCACUAAUUUGUUCUCAUGAUUCUUUGUGCUCAUGGCUAGCGUUUUAAGGGGAAACAAUAAUAGGGGAUGGCUGAUAAAAUAGGGUAUUAGUGUCGCACACACACAAGUCGACACUAUUUGUUAGGGUUCAAACGGAUACGAAUUUAAUGCUACAUACAAUAGGUUUUAAUCCAUAAACACUAAAUAAAAUACAAAACUUUACUUAAAAAAUAAUAUAAGCAAAUAAUAAAAGAAAGCAAACAAGAAUGUACGAACAAAAUAUAGAAACAUAAAAACAAAACAAAAUAUCUUACUAAACCACUUUCACUAAACCACCACCAAACAACAUCACACGCACACAUACUAAGUAAAAACGCACACAUGAAUCCACUACAUGCUAAAAAUGUAAAACACAACAAACUAAUAAUACAAAAAACAAAAGAACUUUACAAGUACCACAAUGGGCCGUUAACAGACAUAAGAACAGAGGAACAAGACAGCAAUAACAUACAUUAAAAUACUAACAUGUAACAUAAAGUUAAUGACGUGAAACACAUAAAACUUAAGGCUACACACAACAGAAAUAAAGCUAUACACACACUACAAUAUAAACACGGUCUUAAGGGAUGCCUAGACACUGGCAUUGCUGUGCCUCAGCAGCAGCAACAUGGCUCCCCUCAAGAUGAUAUCUUACAUCUUGACAAAAACUAACUAGAACAAUUUAAUCAAAAUAUACAAAACCAUGGCUUCCUGAUUGGGAAUCGUUUAUUUAAUUAUUUUCGACAAGCAACACCAACUUAUGUAUUGGACGUACUAGUUCAUGCUGAUUAGAUGUAGUUUUCAGUGACACUGAUCGAACCAGUCCGUCAUUGUCUAUAAAACGUGUUUGUUAUUCUAGCUUCCAAUUUCCAAUCAGAACGAUGUUCAGAUUCGUCUUUCAAUAUUACGAUGUCGCCAACUUGGAAGCAACGUCGCUUGUGUUGCCAAACAGUUCGUUUUUGGAGAGUUUGCAGGCAGAACUUGUUGCAUUACGAUCUGGCAUGACUGAAGCACAGGCUAAAGUAACCGUGUUGGAGAGUGAAUUAAAAAACACUCUCCUUCAACUUCAUGCUGUUCAAUUACAGCUGCAUUCAUCUGGAGAAAAUACCCCUGAUUCAAACAGCAUAAAGUCAAAGCUGGAAAAUGAACUUACUCAAUUCAGGCGGGAUGCUAUGAAAGAAGCAAGUCUUGAGGCUGAAGCAAAGCAAUACCAAAAAGAAAACGAAGAAAUGCGAAAUUAUACAGUGCAAUUAUUAGGUGAAGUGCACGGUGCAAGACUUGCAGCUAAAUAUUUAGACAAAGAGCUUGCUGGCAGGAUUCAACAAAUACAGUUGUUAGGUCGUGAUUUAAAAGGACAAGAUCACAACGUUCUGUGGAAUCAAAUAGAAGCAGAAAUCCACCUACACAGACACAAGACUGUCAUCAGAGCAUGUCGUGGUCGACAAGAUCCUGACAAACCCAUACCUGCUCCAGAAAAAGUUCAAAUUCACGAAGACGAUGAUAUGUUAACUGUUGCUCGCAAGAAGAGGGGAAUUGGUGAACCGAGGCUCGUGAAGUUACACAGAGACAAAAGCGAAGGUUUGGGGGUGUCGAUAACGGGUGGCAAAGAGCACGGCGUGCCAAUCAUAAUAUCAGAAAUUCACGAUGACAUGCCAGCCGCGCGUUGUAAAGAACUCUAUGUUGGCGACGCUAUCUUGACAGUUAAUAACACCGACCUUCAGAACGCGUCACAUGGAGAGGCUGUACAUGUGUUGUCGCGCGUACAUGGCGACAUUACCAUGGAAGUUCUAUAUGUUGAUGUUGAUGAUUCGGGGGAGGAAGACAACUGGGAAGAAGAUGAUAGUCUAAGGUAUAGCUCUGUUGGCAUUGUAGACGAUCCUAGCGACUUUCUUACAAAUGGCGAGGUGUACACGACCAAUUCUCCUGGUGAUCCACAGAGAUUAAAGAACGGCAUUUCAAACAGUAUCAACUCCAACCUUCCUAAUACUUCGGAGACUGACAAUAGCAAAAUUACUAAUGACUUGAAUUCAAUGAAAAUUUCGUCACCUAAACAACAGACUUAUUCAGUACCUAGUACUCCAACCAGUGCGAAGUAUCCGGGCAUGAGUAAACGUGUAUUUAGUGCAGAGGAUGUAAAUGGAAAGCUGGAUUCCUGAGUUUUGUUGCGAAAAUUAUUAAAGAUGACCGCAAGAUGAUCGCAUCGAAGGAAUGGUGGCUGCUUUGGGUGCACAUUAUUGGGUGUUAUUUCAAUUUUUGCACCACUUAACGUCCAUGCUUAGUUCGUUAAAUGAUUAACGAGUUUAUCGUGUUGCCUUGGCUGAUGUAGUAAACCUAGAAUAAUUUUCACCACAAACCGAAAGAAAGCUACGAAUUAGCAAUUUAAAGUUUAAUAUCAGAUUAAAAAUUUACAUCAUUGAAUGGUACUUCUAAAGCUAUUUAUUGUCUAAUAUAAGGUUUUAAUUAUUUCUCAAGGAACGGGACAGUUGUUUGUUGUGUUUACAUAAGUGAAGUAAAAUUUCGGGCCGUUGCUAUCUUUUACACCGACCCUAUGAUAAGUGCACGUGCGCAUGAGCACUCAUGACGGUGUGUUUGCAUCAGUUUUUUACAUUUGCUGUAAUAUUUCACUUCUGUCUUAAGGGCGAAAGUGAAAUUCUCAUUUCGGUGGUUUAUGUAAAAAAAUCCGACGCUUUUAACGAAGGCCUACGUGAUUUCUACUUUUCUUCCAGCAGAGUGAAACUCUCAUGUAAACGCUACUCUUAAACUGCAUGAUCUUGCAUGAACCACCGAAAAAAAAUUGGUGGAAUCUCGUAAAGAAAAUAAAUGUCACACGCAUGCUUUCUAUCGCGAUUAUAAAUUUUUAAGCAACGGAAGAAGCGUAAUAUAAAAAAUCUGUCAUCUUGCAAGACCAUUCAGGGUCCAAUUUUUGUUUUAAAUUUUUUUCGAGAUGUAUAUUUUUUUAAUAUUUUUGCCAUCCCUGAUUAAAUUUUCUAUAUGCUACACUGGCCCUGAUUACACGGGCUGUGAGUCAACACCAGUACAUAUUGACGUUUAAAUUUUGUUUAAAUUUUACUUUACUCCGUAAACCUGUGACGUAGAAAUCACCGCCCGUGUAAAGGGGGUCGAACAAGAUAAACAAGUUUAAUGUUAUUGUGAUAGAGUAAGUUAAUGUAUGUAAAUUUAUGAUAUUCAUAUAUUUUAUGAUAUAGAUUUCUUUAAUACAAUUUUACACUUCUAAA